CGGUCCUCUGUUAAAUUUCCGAGAAUUGGGCUGCUGUGUUUCUUAGAACUGGAUUCUCAGAACUGGAUAUGCACAGAGUUUCGAGGAAACUUUUACAAGAUUGCGACAGCAUGGCCACAGAUGGCUGUAUUCAAUUCACACGCCACGCAGGUGACGUGCUGCUCAACUUCAACCGUCUCCGCAGCAGGAACAUUCUGACCGAUGUCACCAUACAGGUGGAUGGGCAGCACUUUCAUGCUCACAAGGCCAUCUUGGUGGCCUGCAGUGGCUUCUUUUAUUCCGUGUUCAUGAACCCAGCUAAUGCAGACCUUAGUGCCAUCAGCUUAGACCCCAAAGUGGACCCCAAGGGUUUCUCCAUCCUGCUGGAUUUCAUGUACUCAUCAUGUCUGAACCUCAAAGACAGUCUGGUCCUGGCCACCAUGAACACAGCCAUCUAUCUCCAGAUGGAACACGUGGUUGAUACCUGCCAUAGGUUCAUCAACUCCAGGCAUCACUCUCUGAAUAUGCAGCCUGGAGUGGUACAGACCAACUCAUUACAUCUGGCUGAGGAGAUCCCUGCUUCGAGGCCUGUCGAUGACAAAGAGCCAGACUUUAGAAACAACCACACUUCAACCUCCUCCCCUUUCCAGGAGUGCCGGGGCACCAUUCCCAAUGUUUUCAGGGGAAUCAACACGUCUGGCUCCUAUCAUGUCUAUGGUGACAUCCAUAGUCAUGAUGGGAAAAUUGAAGACCCCCAUAAGAUUACUACCCUUCCCAGAGGUAGCUCUUUGUCCCAAACCCAAUGCUUGCAGUUACCCAAUACCAGCAUGGCUCACAGUGAAUCCACCACCAUGCUCUCUCACCCGGUGCCAUCACACCCCAGUUGCCCCACAAAUAUCAUCCAACCAGCAGGAGACCACGUGAGCAAUCAUGCUGCUCCAAUGGAGGAAGAAAACAUUCAGCACCCACAAACCAGUUGCCUGAGGUUGUGUCCGGGCUUUAGCAAAGGUGUGAUUUGUAGCCCCCAGAGCCCACUCAGAUCUGACUGUCAGCCAAACUCACCUACCGAGUCCAGCAGCAGCAGAAAUGCAAGCCUGAGCCUCAAACAGCCCUCUGACUACUCAACAGACACCAAGGCCCGCAACUGGAAGAAGUACAAGUUCAUCGUCAUGAACCAAACUCCUGAAGAGAAUGACAAAGAGUCUCAGGGAGGCAACGCCGAAGCUACAUCCCUGUCCCCAAUGCUGAGCCCCUGCAGGAGUGUUGGAACAGGUGGAGACAGUGAGGUCCAGUCAGACGAGGGAGCCAGCGAGCACAGAGAAGACAACCCCAAGAGUGGUGACAGCUGCGGCAGCAGCACAUGCAGCAGCAUCAGCCACCGCAGAUGUUCCUCCUGUGGCUGUGACAGCCCUCAGCGCAUGGAGAUGGGUCACCUGUCUCCAGACUCAUACAGCAGAGAUGAAAGUACCAAACUACACUCAGAGUUUUCCUCCUCCAGCUGUGAAAACAACACCUACUUCUGCAAUGGUUGUGACUUCAAGUUCACAGAUGAAGAUUCCCUCAAAGAUCACAUGGUCCAGGUCCACAGUGAUAAGCCAUACAAGUGUGACUGCUGCCAGGCCGCGUUCCGUUACAAGGGCAACCUGGCCAGCCACAAAACAGUUCAUACUGGUUCGAAGCCGUACCAUUGCAACAUCUGUGGUGCUCAGUUCAACCGACCAGCCAACCUCAAAACUCACACCCGCAUCCACUCUGGAGAAAAGCCAUACAAGUGUGAGACGUGUGGAUCCCGAUUUGUUCAAGUGGCCCAUCUUCGCGCUCAUGUGUUAAUUCACACCGGAGAGAAGCCCUACCCUUGCGAGAUCUGUGGAACACACUUCCGCCACCUUCAGACGCUUAAGAGCCACAUGCGCAUUCACACCGGAGAAAAGCCUUAUCAUUGUGAAAAAUGUGACCUCCACUUCAGACACAAGAGUCAGCUGAGGCUUCAUCUCCGACAGAAACACGGCGCAGUCACCAACACCAAGGCUCAGUAUCGCAGGAGUCCCAGCAACAUCGCCACAGGCCUGGUGACUUCCUGCUGAAUCUGCUGCAGUCCUCCUAUGUGUCAUUUCUUUCCCCCCAUUUUACACAGGCCACCAUGUUGUCAAAAGAGUUUUUAUUUUUUCUAAACAUAAACACACGUAUGCAUUUGUAAAUGAUGCAUAUUAUUUUGUGCAAGCUCUUCAGUAUUUGGUAGCUCUUAGUUUAAGAUUGUACAUGCUUCAAUUGUGAAUGUGAAUCUGAGCAGGUAUUUCUCUAUUUUACAAAUUACAUAACUGAAUGUCAGCAUUGAAGGACAGUCCUCUUUGUCAUUCAGAUUGAGAAUCACUAUUACAGUUCUACUUUCGAUAUUGGUAUGAAUUUCCCCAAUAAUGUGGUCAGAGUUCAUGCCGUUACUUAGUCUAUUUUUGUAAAUAAGAUAAUAUAUAUUUCCACAUUGCCAUCUGCUGGCAGAGUACGAAUAUAUUGACGUUAAAGUGUGUUUGUGUCACACCCAGUUUGCGGUACAUGUUGUACAUGCACAGAUUGACGUUCAUUAGAAAAUUUGCUAUGUACAUAUUUUUUUCUAAUUAUUUCUAGGCUUUUGUUCAUAUUUUGCACAUACUCAUAAUGCUGUGAUUCAUAUAUUUUCAUACUUUUCAAAUAUUUCUACUUAAAAUGUUGACCUGUUGAAAAUGUUUGUUAAAACCCCAAUGUCCAGCACCUUGCUAAAUUCUUAUUUAUAGUCUAUUUUCCCUUUUUUUUGGUGCUGCAAUGAUCCAAUGUUGCCACGGGAUCAUUAAAGUUAGGUUGUAUUUAAUCUAGACCUACAGGUAUGUUUGUGCACUUAUACGUAUCAGUGUAUGAAUAGUGCCUUACAUUCACACUUUUCUAUUGUCAGACUAGCUAUUCAUGCAUUUUCAAUUUGGUAAUACAAAAGAUAUAAGCUGCUUUUGUGAUGUUGCAUUUGGUACUUUGCCCUGGCAUUUGUAUACGUCAGGUACUAAUGCUAUGAAAUCUGACAAUCUGUUGUGUAUCGUUCAUACGGUGCAGAUACACUCAAGCUAAAUCGCUCAGGAAUAUUAGUAAUAUGUUUGUCUUUGCAACUGCAAUUUACAUACAUGUGUAUGUGUGUAUAUAUGUGU